GGGCUGCUGCAUGCUGGGCUUUUAUUUCUGCUGUUUUGGUCUGCCUGUUUUCAGUUUACAGAUAAAGCUAGGUAUGGUGUGUUUGGGCAAGAUCCUGAAUUAGGGUGGGAGAGAAUGGAGACAGUGACAGAUGAAGACACAACUAAAGAUCCUGCACCUAAAGAUAAACCCAAGAGGAGUGCAUUACAUGGUGAAUCUUCAACACCAGAGGCAAUGAAGUUACCCAAGUAUCUUAUUGUUCCAGCCUCCUAUGACCAAAAACAGAUUUUCAAGCCAGAAAGAGGAGCCAGACCCCUUCCUGAAUGGGCCAGGAAAAUAUUACUUGGUAGCCCUCCUGUUACUCCUUCACCGGGAGGAGCAGAAACAGGCAGGCAAACAUUGGUUGAAGUCUUGUGCCAUAAAGAGAGUUAUGCAGAUUACUUGUCCAUCAGCAAUGUGCUCCGCUUCAGACCAACCACUCCAGUUUUAAGGGAAAUGCCAUUUGAAAUCCCUCUUCAGUGUAAGUUUCCCAGGUUCUUCCACUCAUACAAAGUUGGCUUCCAUCCCAAACUACGAGGAGGAACGGUUUUCAGAGCGCUCAAAACAAAAAAACUUUUCACGCUCACCCUUAUAGAUGCAUCGGGGAAUAAUAUCACUGGGACCAAAACCUAUGCUUUGGGACAGCCAAUGUACUUUGAGGCCAGUGUACUCUACAACACCGCAAGCUCUAGAAAUAAGAGGCUCUACAUCAACAAAUGCUUCAUGACCCCCUCCAGUGACCCUGACUCAAAUCCUAAAUAUACAGUUGUUGACAACCAAGGCUGUAUGAUUGAUAGCAAGGUGAUGCUACAGUCAAAGUUCCUUGUUGGUAGCUCGAAGAUGGUUCAGAGAUUGAGUGUGGGAGCUGUCAUCUUCAAGGACCCUGCUUCCAUGACCUCAUCACAGGAACAGUACUUGCAUUGCGAGAUCUUUAUGGGGUCACCUACACCAACUCAGCAUUCAAAGGCUUGCAACUAUGAUCCAGCUGUCGGAAAUUGGAAGGAGCUGUAUGGGUUUGACACUGCAUGCGCUUGUUGUGAAUCAGUUUGCUCAUCACCACAGCAAAGAGCUUCUAGGAAGAUCAUCUCAAGUCACUCUUGGAUGGUUGACUUGAGCAGUGAGGAUGGACUUGUGGAGUAUGAGCCCAAGAUGAAGUCUCUUAAUGCUGGCAUGUUCAGCUUGGAUGAUCCUGAUACAGAAGAGUAUAAAGACUCUGUAAACUACUGGGCCCAAUAA